AUGGUUCAGGCUGGGGUUGAGGUACCCGACAAGUACAGUCGGUUCAUAGGUCUCCGGAAAACCCUCGAGCACAGAGCUGAUUCCAUGCCCAUGAACGAGGAUCGUCCCUUCGGAAAAAGUGCUAUUGUCACCAUGGAAAGAAUAGUGAUCAUUAACGACCAACCUGACUAUGCCGGGGUAUUCAAUGACCGUGGAGAGUUCGAGUACGGAGGCUUUGGGGAUGAAGAAUCUGAUGACAUAGAGUCUGUAAAUGGCACGGGGUAUGACGCGGAUUCUGAAGACUACGCAGAGUUUGAUGAUAGCGAUUGGUGA